UCAUUAGCAUAAGGAAUUUAGCAGUAGUCCUGUAAUAUAUAUAAAUAUUUUUUCAUUUUGCUCAGUAUUAUUACCUUUAUAAUUCUAAAUUAUUGCUAAAUUAGGUUAUAUCAUUUCUGGGGGAAUAAAUUAAAUAUUGAGUGUUGUCUACACUAAUUUAUAGUUUGGCAAAGUGAGAGAAACUGUCAAAACCUUUCCUGGUUUUUGUUUUUAGCUUUAGCUAGCUUACAUUUUCCUGGGCUAACAGCCACAUAUUACAGUCCUCUUUCUUUUACUGAACUUGGCAAGUUUAAGGUCAUCAGGUGCUCAUGGACAACAGGAGCAGACAAGCAGGUUCUUCCAGUAACCUGGUUUACUGGGCAUCUUCGUUUCCACGGCAACCGGCCAGAGUCCUCGUGGUGGAGGCCCUGCCACCGGCAUGGGCAGACACCUGUGCUGUAAUCUGUGACGCUAUGGACAACUUCCUGUCCCUGGCUUGUAAUGUGGAAGGACCCUGUAGGAUACCGCUGCUCAGCCUGUACGCCAUCAGCCGCCAGCAGGAGUGCCUUCUGCCGUUCGUGAAAGUUCGAGGUAACUUGGCCCGGCUGCUCUCCUGUGUGGACGAGCUGAGGUCUAUUCCAGGUGAAGGCUGCAUCAGAGGAGUAUCCAGAGCAGGGGAGCUGCUACAACAGGCCGUGCUGGACAGUCUGCAGCAGUUCAAGCAGUACAUUAGGCACACUGGUGCGGGCAGCCAAGCCUGGAGCAACCUGUCUGUGGAGGUCACCGUGGUGACCAGCCAGUUUGGCCGAGCCAUUGUCCGUCAACUGGAAACAGGGCUCAAAGACACUGACCUUGUGUCUCUGAGACGCCUGUUGGUCCUUCAGAUAGAUGGUGCGUGGGACUGGGCCCAAGAGAUUCCUUCACCUGAAGUUGCACAAUCUGAAGACUCUCUGAUGCUGGGGACAGAGGUGGAGCUGCAACGGGUGGAGAACAGCGUUCUGGCCAUAGAGACUGUAUUAAAAGUGUGGCUUCAGGAGCAAGGAGGAGACCGGGAGCAUCUCCACCUCCUGUUGCCUUCUGAUAAUCCCAAUCCAGUGUGUGUCAAAUGUGACAUGCAGGAGCGUCUUAUAAGCCCCGCCCUAAUCCCCCUAACCCCCAACCUUGGAGUGAAGACGGAGAGUAUUCGAGACUUCUUGCCAGUAGCUAAAGGCUCGACCAAUCAGAGCUCAGCACCACAAAAGCUAAAAGCAAUCAAGACGCUGCGUGCGGACGGCGUGUGUGAGAGUGUGCUGUACGGCCUGCCGCUGGUCAUCCGCCCCACCACCUGCUGGCAGCUGGACUGGGACGAGAUGGAGGCCAACCACCACUUGUUCCUCGCUCUGUGCCACACACUCAGAACUCGGGACCUGUUCCUGUUGCUGCAGGCUGAUCCAAGUUCUGCAGCUGGAGCCUCAGGUGUGAACUCUCACUAUCUGCUCCAGCCGUCCAUGUCUCUGUCCUUCCUCUUGAAGCCUGUCGCCUCCAGAGAACUGAUGCUGCCCUCCUCAAUGCCUGUUUCUGCUCAGGACCCUUCCCCUGAUGCCAUGCAGACUGUGCAGGGCUGCCUGUCUCAGCUGGAUGAGGAGUUGGUGUUAAACCCGCUGGCGCUCUGCAGUAACCUGUACCAGCACCUGAGGAGCAGAGGUCUGCUGUCACAGCCGCGAUACCCGUACAGAGUCCAGUCAGCGGCUCCGCACAGAGAGCAGCUUCACACACCUGAGGGACCAAAGAACCGAGCGGCGCGGCAGCUGCAAAAUCUAGGGCGCCAACACGGAUCGCACAGCAAGGUCAAGGCCACGGUGGCCCCGCUGCCCCCCUCCACCUCUUCCUUUUCCUCCUUCCUGGGACCUCCUCCAUCGAAGCGUCCCGCUCUGAGCUUCAUCUGCAGCCGCCGCCGCCGCCCGACUCAGCCAGACGACGAGGACGGUGACGACAACAGCGCGGCGAGGAUGCAGUAAGAGCUCAGAGAGAGCAGAGCCCGAUUCCCACACACAGUCACCCACACAGUCACCCAAACCGUCUCCAAGUUCUCGUUCAUGUUGUUUUUAAAGAGUUUGUGUGGAACGUCUCACAGUUGCUCGGUGAACGUCCACAAAAGCCGGCGUGCACAUUCCUCUCCAUUCUGCCCUUAAACCCCAGUGUGAGCACAGCUUUAGUGUUUUAAUGGGAAUGAAGCGGCGGACAGAGGGGCCCCUCUGCGCCCCCCCCUCCAGACAGAGCACCCAACAAAAACUGGUCCCGUCUGCAAAAACGGAAAAUGUCAUAAGAAAGGACUUUGACGCUGUUCUGACAGCAAACCCCAACAAUGACAGCAUUGAUGCAGGUCUAUGUUUCCAGAGCCACACACACACCUAAUCAGCAUCCCGCCAUUCCGCCCCCAUGCCACCAACGACCCGCCGGCACAACGCCGUGAUGUCACAGGAGUUCCGCAUUCACCAGUGAAAGCCACAACGGCGCUUUUGUCUGCAGGGAGAAUUCACUUGAACCUUCAGCUCUGCCACCCUCCACCCUUUGGCUCUCCUUCAUCCUCGUGAGCCGCCAAAGGCAGAGCAAACGCGCGCCACCUUCAUCCAAUAGUUCAGGCAGAACAACACUGGUGUCUGUAAGCAACAACAAAAAGGAAAGGUCAAAGGGCGUCGAAUCCUGACCGUGACGCCGUCAGAAACACGCCAUGUUCAUUUUCAGAGCUGCAAGCCAAACACUUCCUGUCUGACUUUGGUUUGGACUUCUCUGCUGCAUUCUAACUCUGACUGAGUGUCUGGAGUCUCUGUUCUGUUUCUGUUCCACCCUUCAGGUGACACAACCUUCCUGUGUUCUAAACUCAUGUUGUUUAUUUUAUGAGCUGUGACCAAAAUAAAAGCAUCAUUUAUUAA